CGGUUGGUCCAGGUCAGGAGCAGCGGCACGUCGUCACUCAUCAUUCACGCUGACAUCAAACUUUUGAUAAAAAGUGUUGUUUGUCUCGACAGAAAAACGCAGUUAAUGUUUGAAAAUGUCCGAUGACUCGUGGGCGCUCGCUGUCGACGUUCAAGAAGCCACAACUCCAUCCAAACAGGCGGACUUCUCAAAGAAAGUGGAGCCACUGCGGGGUCCUCGUAACGUAAGAGGAGACAUCAAUGGCAACAUCGUGCCGGACAAGAGCGAAAAUGGAGAGUGGAGGAGAGACGGGGACAAAGUGGACCUGGCCGAGCAGUCCCUGCUGAAUAAGCUGAUCCGUCGCACUCUGGUGCGGAACAGAAACCAGGUGGAGGUCCUGCAGCGGGACCCCACCUCUCCUCUGUACUCCGUCAAGACUUUUGAGGAGCUGAGGCUGAAACCUGAGCUGCUGAAGGGUGUGUACAACAUGGGUUUCAACAGACCCUCCAGGAUCCAGGAGAAUGCUUUGCCCAUGAUGUUGGCACAGCCACCUCAGAAUCUGAUCGCCCAGUCGCAGUCUGGCACAGGUAAAACUGCUGCUUUUUCUCUGGCCAUGCUCAGCCAUGUAAACCCAGCCAAUAAGUGGACUCAGUGCCUUUGCAUCUCGCCAACAUACGAGCUCGCUCUGCAGAUUGGUCAAGUGAUCGAGCAGAUGGGGAAAUUUUGUCCUGAUGUGAAACUGGCUUACGGCAUUCGGGGCAACAGAAUGGAGCGAGGCAUUAAGCUGCAGGAGCAGAUUGUCAUUGGAACACCAGGCACAAUCCUCGACUGGUGCACCAAAUACAAGCUUAUUGAUCCCAAGAAGAUUACUAUGUUUGUGCUCGAUGAGGCUGAUGUGAUGAUUGCCACACAGGGUCACCGGGACCAGAGCAUCCGCAUCCACAGACAGCUGCCAAAGGACUGCCAGAUGCUCCUUUUCUCUGCAACCUUCGAGGACUCUGUGUGGAGGUUUGCAGAGCAGGUGGUUCCUGAUCCCAAUAUCAUCAGGCUGAAGCGUGAAGAGGAGACGCUGGACACCAUCAAGCAGUUCUAUGUGGUGUGUAAGGAGAAGGAGGACAAGUUCACAGCUCUGUGUAAUCUGUAUGGGAGCCUCACCAUCGCACAGGCCAUGAUCUUCUGCCAUACUCGCAGGAUGGCUGCUUGGCUGAGUGCAAGCCUGACCAGCGAGGGACACCAGGUGGCCUUACUGAGCGGGGAAAUGACUGUGGAGCAGAGAGCUGCCGUCAUCGAACGCUUCAGGAACGGCAAGGAGAAGGUGCUCGUGACCACAAAUGUGUGCUCCAGAGGUAUUGAUGUUGAACAAGUGUCACUUGUGGUCAACUUCGACCUCCCCGUGGACAUGGACGGGAACGCCGACAAUGAGACGUACCUUCACCGGAUUGGCCGCACAGGACGCUUCGGCAGAAGAGGAUUUGCUGUCAAUAUGGUUGACAGCAAACACAGCAUGGAUAUUAUCAACCAGAUUGAGAUGCACUUUAACCGGAGAAUCACGAAACUUGACACCAGCAAUCUUGAAGAAAUGGAGAGCCUGAUCAGCUGAACGCUUCGCUAUGUGCACUACCAACACUGCAGCAGUUAGACGUGUUACCUCAGAUGUGACUUGAGUUCUUUUCCAGGGUUUAUUGUUUGCAUUUUAUUGUUUACAGAGGAGUAAUUGCAUGCUGAUUUUGACUAUGCAAACUUAUUUCACAGCAGUUGUUUGUGCCAAAGAAGUGUUUUCAUUUGAUGUGUCCGACUUUGAUCACUGAAGUCACCUUAAGCCUUUGAGCCGUCUCCCGGAGACUUUAAACUAACCACUCGCUGUUAAAACAGCAUUUAAGAGGAGUGAUAUUAACACUACAGUUCACGGUUUGCAGUGUUUGUUUGAUUAUCUGAAGUGAUUCAUUAGCGCAGGAUCGGUGGGACAGAAGCACGAGUCUCAUCUGUAGAUCAAUGCUGAGAUCAGAUCCAAUAUCCUCGAGUGACUUGAAGCACCUUGAAGUUUAAACGCCUGUUUCAGACGCAGUCGUAGCUCAGUUUCCUGAUUAUUUGAUGUUCUAUCAGACUGUGAAGCCCCAGCUGUUGCUCAUUUUUUGUGUGGGCAAAAAAAAACA